AUGUCCACCAGGAGUAGGAGAUAUGCAGGACCAACUAAUACCAGAACUAGUAGCAGCAUCAUCAGUAGCACUAAUGAUAAUCUAAGUCCAUCCAUAAAAGUAAAGAUAACCAUGAGGGGAACUGAAGGUGCUGAAUUGGCUUUGUUUUGCAACAAGCCUAGUAGUAUUAUCGGGAGGGGGUCUGAGGCACAAAGCCCUUGCAAGAUGCAACUUUUACAAACCCUUGGUGCUCUCGUGUUGGGCAUCUCAUUGGUAGCAGCAAGUACCGAAAUAUGCCAGGAACUAGAGAGUAAAAGCUGCGCUAUCUUAACAUGUUCACCUGGGAAAGACGGAAUACAGGGAAAAGAAGGGAAGGUAGGACGCAAAGGAGAAAAAGGAGAAAGAGGACCACAAGGACCAGUUGGUCUUCAGGGACGUUCAGGAAUUUCUGGGCCUCCAGGGCCAAGAGGAGAACAGGGACAACAAGGUCAAAGAGGAGAGAAGGGUGACAGUGGUGCUUCAGAUAUAGCCCUUCAGACUAAGGAAAGAAAGUCUGUGGAUAAUAACGCUCUUCAUGACUGCUCUAGUGGACAAUCUGGAGUUGUACCUUCUAAGAUUCCCCUCUCCCGAGUGACUGGAUGUGGUGCCACCAGCUAUAAAAAACGUAUUAAAGAUGCUGUCUCUGAGGCUUUGGCUACUCUCCAGCCUCCAACUAAGCAUAUAAGGUCAGUUCAGAUGUUACCUUCUACAAGUACUUUGUGCCCUGAUGCUAGGGAUACUGUUGAAUCUUCAGAUGCACUGCAAUUCUCGAGAGGUGCUGGAGAUAAACUCUUUGCUACAAAUGGUAUUGAAGCCAACUAUAAUGAUGCAGUAGCAACUUGUACCAAAGCUGGGGGUCAGCUAGCCUCACCACAAAAUUCUAAUGAGAACCAAGCUGUGCUAGCGAUUGUGUUACAGUAUAACAAGUCAGCAUAUCUGGGUAUAAAUGAUAUGGAAACAGAAGGCAAGUUUAUAUACCCAAAUGGGGAAACUCUUGGCUAUUCUAACUGGUAUACGCAUGAACCUAACAAUUAUCAUGGAGCAGAAGACUGUGUGGAAAUUAGUACAGCUGGAAAAUGGAAUGAUAAAAAUUGCUCUGAAAGACAUCUGAUAAUAUGUGAAUUUAAAAAAUGA